CGACGCAUAAGAGCGCAUUACAUUUAUAUGCAGACGUUUGUGACUGAAUGCUUAUUUCGAAUUGCUCUCUUUACAGUACAAGUAUCAAAAACAGGCCUUCGUCGAUCUCAACGGCAAUAUCUGUAUUCGCGUCCUUUAACAUUGUGUCGGAUACUAUAUGCUUAUACAUUCUUUCGCAGUGGAAAAACCCUGUACCGGCUGCCGUGACCGCAAACGUCGCUACCUGCGUUUUACAGUUGAUAUACGGGAUUACGUUACUGAGCAUUAGCGCCGUUACUAUCUUCUACGAUAACGCUAACACGCCCACCUGGAUUUCUUAUGUUUUCCCCAUCGCAGCAACAUUUCUUCAAACUUGCUAUAGUACUUCGCUGCUAUGCGCCAUCACCGAUCGAUGGAUCAGCAUAGAAUUUCCUGUGUUUUAUACCAGACAUAUUUCUCAUCGCUUCGUAAUUCUUGCUAACAUAAUAAACAUUGCAUUUAAUUUGACUGCGUGUGCGAUAAUGUUUUCAGCUGGUCGAAAUGAAUUAGAUUUUUCUUCGGGAAUGGGUUUAAUGAUUGUCUGCUUACGUGAACCGUGGUGGAUUGGCUACAACGCGGUAUAUUACGGUUCCAGUUCUUUUCUAACCUUGACCUUUCCGCUUCGUGUUCUCGUACUGGCGGCACAAGCGCGUCGUAAACGGAACUUCAGCGAUAAAAAUACUGCAGCUUCAAUCCUUAAAUCUACAAGUGUACGGGCAAUAGUGGUGGAAGCGAUUACCGCAUCCAUACGUUUUCUUAUCAUGAUUGUUCUGAACAUGAGUUUUCCGACAAUGGUGGCAUUAUGGUAUAUUGUAACCGGCAUCGGUUAUUUGACUCAAGAGCAACAUUUGAUUCUCAUGUACUGCUCUAUGGUCAAGAAUGUUCUUAUUAUCGCGGUCUUGUUCCUCAUAUAUCCUCCGUUUCGCAAAAUAUCAUGGAAUGUCUGCACUCGAAUUUAUGGUGCCCUGGACAAACAUUUGCCAUUGCUCUUCCAAACCAAAAAAGGAACGUAACUCUGUUUAAACGUUUGGAGCAACGCAUAUAAUCGACCUUUGCCGUAAUUUUGUUUUGGGCUUUGAUUUCCAUGGAUGUAUUACGUAGUGCUGUCUCAUGUUUUCUCAUUUGUUACAUGGUUUAUUUGUGUGUUCUUUCGUUAUAAAGUAUAUACUCCGUACAU